UCAUCAUUCAGCGACAACAUUGACUUCGCUUCCACAAUCCUGAUGUCAUACUUUUGCUUUUCUAUGAGCAGAAAUAAUUUAAAAUGUGCUUGAAAUCAGUUUAUUAUUAAGUUUUAUAACUUAGUUCCGGAUUUUGAACAUUUACCAAGAAUUUAUUUAACAUAAAAGCUCCCAGGACUUUACUUAGUAAUCGUAAACAAAUGCUCGUGGUGUUCUCUGAUGUUUAGGUAUGCCCAAACUUUUUGAUAUAAAGUUUCCAGGAGAAUGUAAGACUCUUCCAGAAGGUUUCUGGUCAGCAAUAGACGUAUGGAUAAAGAAACCUCAUGUUAUUAACAAGCGUCUUUGCGGCGUUAAAGAGACAGAGAGUAGAGAUUUGGACAGAGAUGGGCUACAGCUCCUACUGGACGAUGCUGAACUGUUCCAGGAUGCCAUGUUGUUCCUCUCCAGCGGGGUUUUACCUGCACAGACGCGUGAACAGGACAAACCUUGGUCAUUUAGCGUGAGAACUGUUAUUCCUAAAGUGAACUGUUAUGGAACAAACCAGCAAAAGGAAGUCAUACUGAAAGGCUUUGACAAACAACAAGUGACUUUUCUACCAUUUGAGGAGAAUGCAGAGGGAAAAGUGUCUUUUAAGAAGGGCAACAUUUAUAAGAUUCUCCUCUGCAGUCAUGGCUGUGAAGAAUGGGCUUUGGAGCUGCAUUUGCUGACUCUGGACGCGUGGUUCUUUGAUGGCGUCGCUUAUGCUAAGCUGCCCUGGCUGUCCUCAGAUCUUCUACCUAAAUUGGUGCGCUGGGCCACUGAGUGCAAGAGCAGUGAGUUCAGGAGCACCUUGUCUCUGCUGCCAGUGGAGAAGUACAGCCUCAUGUACCAGCAACUGAAGGAGAAGUACAAGGCUAUGGUGAAGGUUUGGCCUGAGGUUACGGAUCCUGAGAAAUUUGUGUAUGAGGAUGUUGCGAUUGCUACAUAUCUCCUGGUGCUGUGGGCUGAGGAGAGAGCAGAAAGAGGUUUGACUGCCAUACAGUCCUUUGUGGACCUGGGCUGUGGAAAUGGCCUCCUAGUUCACAUACUGACCAAUGAAGGGCACCCGGGAAAGGGCAUUGACGUCCGCAGGAGGAGGAUCUGGGACAUGUACGGCCCUCAGACUGUGCUUGAGGAAAAAGCAAUUACUCCCAGUGAGAGCUUCUUAUUCCCGGGUACAGACUGGCUGAUUGGGAACCACUCGGACGAGCUCACACCGUGGAUCCCUGUUAUAGCAGCCAGGUCAUCUUACUGCUGCCGUUACUUUGUCCUCCCCUGCUGUUUCUUUGACUUCUAUGGCAAGUACCAGAGACGCCAGUGUAAGAAAUCUCAGUAUAGAGAAUACCUCGACUUCAUCAGUGAGGUCAGCCAAGUCUGUGGCUUCAACACUGAGGAAGACUGCUUGAGAAUACCAUCAACUAAACGGGUGUGUCUGGUGGGAAAGUCCAGGAACUAUGAGCUGCCUGACGAGGUUGAGUUAGAGCAACAAAGAGCUCGAUACAUUCAGAGCCACCAGACGUUUCCUGGGGUCACAGUUCAAAGGCCAGACGUUGGAGUUGAUGGGGACUGUUGCCAUGGGAACUCAGACUGUGAUGGCACUUCUGGGAGCACAUGGGGAGCCGGGUUCCAGCCCAGAGAGCGGGUUGAAACGGUUAGAAACUGCGCCGCUCUCCCGAGGGAUUUUGUCGACAGAGUUGUCCUGCAGGUCGCUGAUGUUCUACUGGGAAUGACUGGUGGAGGGACCUGCGGUGACUGGAACCAAGGAGGCAGCCUUUCCGUGAACGAGGUUGCUGGAAUGUUGGAGCAGGAAACUCUGCAGCUCCUGAAGAAAGAGUGCGGAGGCCUUCAGACUCUUCUAAAGAACAACCAUCAAGUCUUUCGAGAUAAUAUCUAUACAUUAUUCUAUGAGAAGGAGGAUUAAGCCACUGCAGAUUAUCAACAAUAAGGUUUUUUCUUAACUUUUGGCUUAGAUUAAGGCGCAGGUUAUGUUCCUGUGGUUUAAGACGUCUUCCAAAUGUCCUGUUUCUGUGUCUGUAGUCAAAUUGGCUGCAUAGUGCUGUCCUCUUUCCUGAAGAGUCUCUCCAGGUUUCCCAGCAAAAAUGAGGCAGGCAGUGAGUUCUGGGGAGCAGUGAUUGUAUUAGUCAUGUUGCUUCCAGAAGAUAGUGACUUAGAAAGCUUAAGAAAGCCCUGAUAGUUUGUUUUAAUGCAGUGUCUGAAUACAGGUUUUAUGGAUCGUUUCCUGGAGUGAAAAGUUUAUAUCAGCUCAACCUGUUUUCUAAUCUGAAAGACCAACAUGUAAUUUUCUUUAAGUUGCUCUAUUUUACACUAAAGAAAAUAAUAUUAUGUACCCUGCUUUUGUCUUGUUAAACAUUGUUAUUAUUUCUCAUUAUUUCUCAGCCUCGGCAUUGAGCUAUUUUGUUCUAUUAUCGUCUUCUGGAUGCAGAAAACAGACUAUUUGCCUCUGGGAUCCUGGCUUUACUCUGAAGCUGUUGGAAAAUAUUUAUUUGAAGCUUUUGUGAGGACUUGAAGGAUUUUAUAUCUCCCUGUA